CUCCAACACACAGUUGCAUUAACAACGCCCACUGUUCUGGGAUUACCUCCACUCAGUUAUGCAAUACUAAAGCACGAUCUGGACUUGGAACCAGACUGAACAAACCCUCAUUUCAUCAGAGAGAGGAAGAGAGGCAACAUAAGAAGGGAGCAAUGAAUGUCCUAAAACCUUCAUGGAGUCUUCUGCUGCUAUCCGUACUCCUCUCCACCGACCUUCCCUCUGCUCUGGCCGGCAAGGUCCUUGUUUUUCCUGUGGAUGGCAGCCACUGGGUCAACAUGAAUAUACUGAUUGAGGACCUUCACUCCAGCGGUCACGAGGUCACCGUGGUACGAACUGCCAGCAGCUGGUACAUCAAGGAGCAUUCACCGCACUACAAAGCCAUAACGGUGACCCUACCGGAGCCAAUAAACAUUGAGAAACAAGAUUUCUUUAUCUCGUUCCUGAGUGAAAUUCUCGAGAUACAAAGACAUGGAGGAUCGCCGCUUGCGUUCGUUCAGUUCUAUUGGCAGAUGCUGAAGAAUCUCUACGGCAUUCAUUGGCAAGCAAGUCAGCUGGUUGUGGAGAUGUUCGAAAACCCGGUGUUGAUGAAACAGCUCUAUGAGGGACAUUACGACUUGGUUCUGAUUGAUCCGGGUCUGCCUGCAGGUGUGCUGGUGGCUCAUAAACUCAAAUUACCAAUGGUGUACAAUGUGAGAUGGAUCACCAGUGGAGAAGGGCACUUUGUUGUCGCGCCUUCUCCAGUUUCAUAUGUCCCAGCAGCGGGAAGCCACUUGUCAAACCGCAUGUCAUUUGGAGAAAGGCUCAAGAACAUCUUCCAUUAUGUGCUAAACAUGUGCAUAGACCAUUUUAUUGUGAGACCAGAAUAUGACAAACUGGUUGCACGCUACUUUGGACCCGAAACCGAUUUCUACCACUUGCUGCAAGGCGCAGAUAUUUGGCUCAUGCGAUCAGAUUUCGUCUUCGAGUUCCCACGUCCAACAAUGCCAAACGUUGUCUACAUUGGAGGCUUCCAAUGCAAACCCUCCAAGCCUUUACCUCCAGACCUGGAGGAGUUUGUGCAAGGUUCAGGAGAACACGGGGUGGUUGUGAUGUCGCUUGGGACGCUCGUGAAAGGUCUUCCAAGUGAAAUCACGUCUGAAAUCGCUGCAGGUUUUGCUCAGCUGCCUCAGCGAGUCAUCUGGAGGCACUUAGGAGAGCGUCCUCAUAAUUUGGGCAAUAACACUCUUCUGGUUAAGUGGCUCCCUCAGAACGAUCUGCUCGGUCACCCUAAAACACGUGCAUUUGUCGCUCACGGUGGAGCGAAUGGCAUUUAUGAGUCCAUCUACCAUGGCGUUCCAGUGGUUGGGAUUCCCUUGCUUUUUGACCAAUCUGAGAAUAUGUUGCGUCUCAAGAUACGAGGUGCUGCUAAGGUUCUUGACGUCACCAAACUGGACAGCCAGAGCUUUUUGCCGGCAGUGCAGGAGGUUUUACAUCAGCCCUCGUACAGGGACAACAUGCAACGGCUGUCUAGGCUACACAAAGACCAGCCUAUACAACCUCAAGACAGCGCCCUCUUUUGGAUAGAGUAUGUCAUGCGGCAUAAGGGUGCAGCACAUUUACGCACAGACUCUUAUAAGAUGCCGUGGUACUCAUAUCACUCUUUAGACGUAAUGGCAUUUUUGCUAGCAGUGGUGUUGGCAGUAGGCGGAGCUGUGGUUCUUACAAUACGCUAUUUGUGUUUUAGACUGUGCAGGAGACAGAAAUCAAAACGUGAGUGAUGCAUUGAUGAACACUAAACAAUUUUUGUUAAAACCUUUUUAUGAAGCCUGUAUUUAUAAUGUAUUAUAGAGGUAUUCUUAAGACAAGGCACCCCAGAUGAAUAAGGUAAAAAAUUAACUAAUAGAUAUCUUCAUACCUCCCCAGUUGAUUACUGUUCAUAAGGAAUUACAAGUUUUCUGAAAUUAUGUUUAAAUAUGCAAAGGAGGCAUUAUCUAAUUGAAUAUGCACUAGAUAAAGAUACCUUUCCAGAACAGAAAUCUGAACACGGGAUGAAGCCUUGUGUAUUUUGGAUAUUUUCUACUAGUCUGAAACAAUACUUUAAGAAAAGGGCUCAAAACUGUAAAACUUACCAAUGCAUGAAAAAAAUAAAUGAAAUAAAAAAAUUUAAUGUU